UGCCCUUCCCGCAGCCCCAGCCCCGGCCCCGGCGUGACGGGAGCGGGGCACAGGGACGGCUUCCGCCGAGCCCCGCGUCAGGGGACCGAGAUGGGUCUCUUGGGAAAGCGCUGAGCGAUGGGACCGAUGGAGAGACGAGAUCAGCCCAGCCCCGGCACCAGCAACUGGAGCAACUGGUUUAGCUGGGUCAAAGUGGAGCACAGGGAGUCGCAGCGGCUGAAACCUGUUCCAAGCUGUGUGUAAACCUCCUGGCAUGUCCCUCGCUGCUCCUAGUUUGCUGGAGCGAUGGCGUCGCAGCUGGAAGGGGCCAUGGAGACGCUCAUCAACGUCUUCCACCACUACUCGGGCAAAGAGGGGGAUAAGUACAAGCUGAGCAAGAAGGAGCUGAAGGAGCUGCUGCAGAGCGAGCUGGGCUGCUUCCUGGAGACCCAGAAGGACACGGGUGCCGUGGAGAAGAUCAUGCAGGACCUGGAUGAGAACGGCGACGGGGAGGUGGAUUUCCAGGAGUACGUGGUCCUGGUGGCCGCCCUCACUGUGGCCUGCAACACUUUCUUCUGGGAGAACGCCUGACCCAAGCCGGUCCCCACCCCACAGCAGCCGGCCAGGGCAUCCCCAAAACGCAGAGAUCCCCCCACCACCAACCCCCUCCAGCUCACCCUCCGCUCCCCAGCACACCCGGGGGAUCCCACUGGGAUCCAGCUCCGCAAUAA